CAUCGGCACCAAACAAGAAGAUGAUCAGUUAGCCACUCUGUGAGCUGCUAACCUAGUCGGGAAGUUGCAAUAUUAUGUUUGACAGCUGAAUCUUGAAGAAACGAUGCGGGUUAUCGGCUGUUUGCAGGUGAAGGUUAACGUGUCAGGGUUCUUCAUUGUUAAGAUUUGAGAGCCGGAAAAUUACCGAAGCUAGUUAGCUUAGCUUCGCUAACGGUAUCGAGGCCAGAGGCUGUAUCGUCUCUGUUUAGUUAACGUGGAUGUUCGGCAGGAGGCUGAACUAAACUAACAACGGUCGUUAACUAACGGCCACUGUACGGGGCAUGCUGUUUAACUCGACGAGCACGAAUAAGAGUCCGUGUUAAAAGUGUAGGUGUAUUUUAGCAGGAGAUUAGCCGAAGAGAAAAGUGCAGCCAUGGACGAUUUUAGCUCGAUCAGCCUGCUCUCUCUUGCGAUGCUGGUGGGAUGUUAUGUGGCCGGGACAAUUCCUUUAGCAGUCAACUUUUCAGAGGAGAGGCUGAAGCUGAUCACUGUGCUGGGAGCCGGGCUGCUCUGUGGGACCGCACUUGCUGUUAUCAUUCCUGAAGGGGUCCACGCACUGUAUGAGGAAAUCCUUGAAGGUGGACACCACAGUCACGGCCAGGUUGGAGUUGUGGAGGUGUCUGAGACGAAGGCUGAAGCAGAAGUGGCCCUCGGUGCCGGUGGGAAACAUGAACACAGCCAUGAGCAGCUUCACGCCUGCAUCGGAGUGUCUCUGGUCCUGGGCUUCGUCUUCAUGCUGCUGGUGGACCAGAUAGGAAGUUCUCAUGUGCACAACACUGAAGAUCCAGAGUCAGCGAGAGUCACCUCUUCAAAAAUCACCACCACCCUGGGUCUGGUGGUCCACGCUGCAGCUGAUGGAGUGGCGCUCGGAGCUGCUGCCUCUACCUCUCAGACCAGCGUCCAGCUCAUUGUCUUUGUAGCCAUCAUGCUGCACAAGGCCCCAGCAGCGUUUGGCCUGGUCUCUUUCCUGAUGCAUGCUGGUCUUGAGAGGAACCGCAUCCGCAAACAUCUCCUGGUCUUCGCCCUGGCAGCACCCGUCCUCGCCAUGCUCACAUUUUUAGGCCUCAGUCAGAGCAGCAAAGAGGCCCUGUCAGACAUCAACGCCACGGGUGUCGCCAUGCUCUUCUCCGCCGGCACCUUCCUCUACGUGGCCACCGUCCACGUCCUCCCUGAGGUGGGCGGCGGCGGCCACAGCCACGCUCCGGCGGGAGGGAACGGAGGGAAAGGACUGAGCAAGGUGGAAGUGGGAGCGCUGGUGCUGGGCUGCCUCAUUCCUCUGGUGCUGUCAGUCGGUCACCACCAUUAGACCCCGCGGCUCAGGACGGAGUGAAGACGGGUGUACAGGGGAAAGAAGCAGAAACAGAGACUUCAAACAUUGUGGAUUUAAAUGUCUUAUUGCUUGUCUGCUGAUGGACCUCGCGGACCAGACUGGUGCUCGUUGCGGGGACAUCUCAUGACUCAAAACUGAAUAUGAAACAGGGAACGAAUGAUGUUAGGGAAAUCAGAGUUGUUGCGGUGACGACCAAGGCACACGACAAUGUUUUUUUUUUUUUUCUUUUUUCCUCUUCCUCCUGACACUGAUGACGAAACAUGGUACAGCUACUGUAUGUGUCCAUUUCUGCCACCAGAUAUAUUGAUCUUCUUCUGCGAGGCCAGAGGACAGUCAGCUCAGCUAAUCUAGAUCACUGUGGAGCUUUCAGUGUUGCAUUAUUGUGCUUGUCCAAAAGUCAAAGAACCAACCCUGAUUUCAUGACAGUGACGUUUUGCUAGACGGCAGUUGCACAGUGAGAUUUAGAUAGUCUUGAUCAAACUUGUGAUAUCGAGAAAGUAAAACCUUUUUUUAAUAUAAUUGUACAGAUCUCUUAGCAACAAUCCAGACUGAUUUGAACUGAUUUUCAAGUGCCAUAUUAGCGAGUUUGGAGCAGAAGGAACUGCGGCGUGAGGACGUUACAGUUUGUAGAAGACGUUCCUUUCUUAUUUUUCUUAGCAACACAGAUGUUGUUCUCGCAGCCAGCUGUGGAGCAGGAGGAGGGAUCAGCCUGAGUAAACCAGCCAGAAGCUCCUGACAGUUUUUGCUUUGGUUGGCGAGUUCGUCAAACAUGCGGAGGUUUAUCCUGUUAGAAAAAUCAGUGGUGACGAGAAUCUUGGCCUGAUGGGAAGCCGAGUUAUGAUGGCCACUGAUGGUGUGUUUCCUAUAAAACCACGCGCUUAGGUUUCUGGUCUCGUCAGUUCAAAGCGGAGCGCUGCGUGAGGACGAGACGCAGCCAGCUUCAACGCAUCGCAACAAAAUCUGUCACUUUUCUUUGACCUGUUUAGUUUCUGGAUGUUUAUUUCUGUUCUGUUUUACCUGGAGAGUAAUUAUAGAGAUUACAGGAAAGAUGUAUAGAAGUGUCUUCAGUGACUCUGACUAUAGAGCGUUACUAAGCUUCUUUAGAGGUGGAGGGUCAUUUCAGCAGCUCUGAAUGAAUGAGUGACUCGUCCUCUGGAGGUCGUGACCUGGAUGAACUCGUGUAGGGACCAUCGGCUCAGGAGGACAGACAUCUUACAGGUUUUGUGAGAAUUUUGAACAAACCUAUUUUUUUAGUUAGUUUGCUCCUCAAUAAUUAAUUAUACCUGAGCAAUAAUUGUAAGAAAAUGAAAAAAAAAAAAAGGGGCGAACUCGGGAGUGCAGCUGAGUGAAAUGGCUACAGAGGGUUCGCCUUCAUCUUCAAAGCACUCGUUAUGUGAUUCACAUAUCAAGGUCUGUCAGAUAGAUGCUCUUGAACGCAGCCUUGCCCCGACGUCUCCGUCUCUGCUCCAUUAGAACGUGAAGCGGUUGAUGCAUUAAAAUCUUAAGUAGGCUGCUCCCUCUUCUAUCAGGACACAUGGAUAUUGUGAGUGUUUCUGUAUCACUGUGCCUGCUCACAGCAGAGCUCAUGUGUAUGUAUAUGUAUGUUGUACAGAGAAACUUCUUCCACAGUCGCCACAGGUGGAACUGCUUACUCACAAAUACAUUUUUAUUUUUUAACUUGAGUUUGUUUGGACAUGGACGGACUGGUGUUUUCAGCACAGACACGAGGCUGCAGACGGUCUGACGAGUCUCUGUUUUAUGUCUAAAUUUAAUGGUUUUACGCUCAACCUCUCAGUUAAUUCCAACUUCUAUGAUGAGAAGAAACUCCUGUGAUGUUUUAACGAGAUACAGCGGCGGGUCGCACGCAGACCAGCAGCUGCAUGACUGUUUCAUUUGUUGCGGGACGCUGUGUAUGUAAUACAAAAGGGAAAAACGCACCACUGUGUUGCUCUACGCCCGGGUGUGUUGGCGGACGGCCCCAUUAUGUGCAAUUUCAUCUUUCUUAACAACGUUACGUCAGAGUCCCUGCUGAGAUCUGGUUUUCCAUCCUUACGAAAAACCAUAUGGAUGAAUUCAGGGUUUAUGUGAAUAUGAUUAGUGAUUAGCAUAAUUGUUGCUGAUUAAUUUCCUGUCCCUUGGUCAGGCUUUGAAGCCCCUGAACUGUUUUUCUCAGAUUAAAUACUCAUGACUAAAUAAGCAGCAAAGUUAAAGUUGAAGAAAAAAACACCAGCUCUUAUUCAUUAAUAUUGAAACACUCAGCUCAUCUGCUUCAUCAGGACCGUGUGGGAGCCCAUUGAUCAGAUCUGACUGACGGCGCCGAGACAAAAACACAAAGUUCAGAGCCUUUACAAUUCAUUCAUGUUGGUCACGUUUCUUCUUCUGGUGGAGGGGGGGGGGGUUAAGACUCACUAACUAAAUAAAACCCGCUGGAUUAUCUGGAGAAGGUGAAGCAGGACUGUUUUCCUUCAAUUCAUGUUUUGGAGAUACAUGGUUUUCACAGGACAGGGACGGGGUUCGUAGAGUUUAUAAUGUUUCAGUCUGGUUUACUGACACAGUUAAAGGUGUUUUAUCCUCACUUCCUGGACAGUCAGAAUACUGGAUUUUGAUUGGCCAACAGCACCAGCCCCUCAUGUUAAAGUGAUGUAAACCGGCUCAGAGACUUUACGAUGUGGGUAAAAUACUUUACUCAGAAGGUGAAGUGUCACCGGGACAAACAGGAAGUGAUGACGGCACAUACUGGGGCCGUUCGGAGGUUUCACUCUGGAUCAGUUACACGAUCAGGUUCAUAUUUGUAAUCCUUUCAGUCGGGGUGGGUGUGUCUUUAUUUUGUUUUUAUUUUCUGUCAUUCCAGAAUGAGUCUUGCCUUAUUUCCAUAUUUUUGAUUGUGAAAAUCGGUUGUAAAGCAAUGUGUUUUAUGACGACUAAAUUAAAGUUUUUUUAA